CGUGGUGAGAUAUUUUAGCCAAAAGAGUAAUUUAUAGAUUGUGUAGCCUGUACACCACUGGCAUGCAACAUUAACACCGUGCCAGAUUUUAAAAAUAUAGCAGACAAGAAAGACACAAGACACUGUCUCAUUCCAACGACUGUCUCAACUUAAGGAGACGAUGUCUUCCAAAUUAUUAUUUAACACUUAAAUUAUAUUACAAGUGAUCUACGUAUGUGAUAAUUUUUUUCAUAACUACUGUGUGUAUCAGGGUUUUAGUGUGUCUGAACAUCAGACAUCAUUGCUAUCAGUUCGAUUGAUUUUUGGCAGGAAUAAAAAUGUUCGCACGUGCUGUGUGGUGUCAUGGGUGAUGCAUUAAGAUGUUCAGAUUUUGAGUUAUAGUGACAGAACAAUAACUUUGAUAUUAAAAUUGUAUCACAUUUUGUGCCAAAAGUUUUUAUGUCAGUAUGAGGUCCUUUAUCUGUUUAACGCUCCUGUUUCUAACUCUUGCAAUAGUAUCCAUACAAGCAGAUAAAAAAGCCAAAAAGUAUGAACUAGAGAAUGAAGAUACUAAAUCCAAUAACGACAAAGAGUUAGAUUUCCAAAAACAAGUUUGCAAAGGGAAAGAAUGUAGAAAAUUUAAAAAAAAUAAUGAUGACGAUGAUAAUGAUAGUCAUGAACAGUUGUCUAAAUACAACAAAAAAUUUAAUGCCGGUAAAAAUAUAAAGAAAAAUGGGAACGAUGAUCGAGAUUAUGAUGAACACAAAAAAGACGGGAGUAAUCGAUACAAGGCAAAUAAAAAGAAUGCUAAAAACACUGUCGAAGAAAGUGACGAAAGUACAGAAAAUGGUGCAAGCGAUAGUCAAAUAAAAUUGAAAGGGAGAGAAAAGGAAAAAAGGAAUAAUAAUAAAAAAAUUAAAUUUUCGCUACAAGAUGACGACAACGAUGAUUCUGAAGAACGAAAAAGUCAAUGGAAAGAUAAAAUAUCAAGAAAAAGCAAAAAUGAAAUGAAAAACGUUGAUGUAGAGUCGUCGAAAUCAAUAAAAAAGAAACACAGCAAAUAUGACAAUGAUGAAGAUUCAAGCGAAGAAGAUAAAAAAUAUACAAAGUUUAAGAAAAAUAAAGAAGAAGAUCUUAAUGGUAAAGAUAAAAAAUAUAAAAGGGAUGCAGGCCAGAAUAAAAAGGAACUUGCAAAAGAUAUUGUGGACAAAGGAAUAAAAAACCAGAAAAAUAGUAAAAAACUUCGUAAUAAUAACAAAGAUGAUGAAAGUACGGAAUUGGCAACAGUAGAAAAUGAGAGCACCGAUGAGACAAACACUGAAGAAGAAGACGACGAUGACAUUAAUGGAAACACUGAAGGAGACGAUGAUAAUAACGGAAAUUCUAGCAAUAAUGAUAAUGACCAGAAUGAUGACGAUGAGGAUAAUGUUGAUUAUCAGCAAGAGAAAAAUAAUGGUAAAAAUAAAGAUGACGAUGACGACAAUGGUGGAGGUAAUGGUAAUCAGAAAAAAAGUGUCAAAAAGAAUAAAGGGAGGCAGCAAGAAAGUGAUGAAAGUGAAGAAGAUGACGAAGAUGAUGAAGAUAAUGAUGGUUCUAACAAAAGUCGGAAAAAGAAUUUUAAAGUCAGUAUUAAAUAUCGCCAUGAGAAGAACAAAAAUUCUGCCAAUAUGGAUGAAGCUAUUUUAAAGAAAAUUCAUGGUAUUAAGAAAAAUAAGUAUAAGGACGAUGAUGACGACGACUCAAGUGAAGAAGAAAGUACUCCAAAGAGAUAUAGAUUUACACAUGACGAUGAAGAUUAUUAACUUCACUUCAAAUAUAAGAGAACACACAAUGUUAUGAAGAAACAUUUAAGUGAUUACAUAAUUAUAUUUGUAUAAAAAAUUAAAUAAUUUAAAUUAAUAUAAAAUAAGUAAAAAAAUACAA